GGACUAAUUUUAGAAUUUUACAUUUAAGCGUAAUUUAUCGUACCACAUCAAACCAUUAGAGGGCAGUCAAGUCUUGAAGCGUUACAAACACUGAGCUAGAAGAAGAAUUAAUCCGGAAAGGAAGAAGGUUGGCAAACAUGGCGUCAACCGCUGCGACCCGAACGGCCAGUGCCGCAGGGAGAGUUGUGAAACCAAUUUUCAGUCGUGACAUUGAUGAAGCAAAGCGGAGGGUUCGGGAACUGUAUCGGGCAUGGUAUCGUGAGGCACCAAGUGCAGUUACCAUAUUCCAAUUGGACAUCACGGUCCCCCAGGCAAGAGACAAAAUAAGACAGGAGUUCAACAAGAACAAACAUAUAACAGAUCCUCGCGUUAUUGAUAUGCUUGUAAUCAAGGGUAAAAUGGAGCUUCAGGAGACCAUCAACGUAUGGAAGCAGAAGACCCAUAUAAUGCGCUAUUUCCAUGAGACAGAGACACCUCGCCCCACAGAUUUCCUGUCUAAAUUUUACCAGGGACAUGACCCUUAAACUGCCCUAUCCCACCAAACUUCGCCUCUCCCCUGUAGGUUCACAGCCAAUGGGUUGUCUGUUCUAUUGUCUGAACUGUAAAUACACUCAUAAUGAUAAA